AUGGGGCACGGACCAGAAUCGUCAAAAGUGGCGAUCAAGAUGGAGGCAAGGAUGGGCGGGAACAUCAAGAUUAGAGUGGGGAAUGGCGCUGCUACUAUGUUGUAUACCAUAAGCCGCAGUGCGCGAGCUGUGUACGAAGUGAAGAAUGGCGAGGAAUCCCAGCAGCUACACCGUAGAAGAAGAUACAGAGACUUCAGCAGAUGGAUCCAAGAGAAGACAAGCUGUCGCUGUCAUCUUGUCGCAAUGGCUAACUGCGAGAAGCUAUGGUGGCUCAGUGAGCUCAGUCACCUCCAGAGCAUUGAAGCGUUCAGCGGACCCGAAUUAGAAGAACGCCUUGAGCACAAAGCUAUCUCCUCUAUUGCUUCUUUAACUAAUGAUACGGGAACUGGAAUGCCACAGUUGUUCACUGUGCGCAGCGCACAGCGACAGCAGCUCACUGAGCUCAGCGACAUUGGUGACUCCAGGGCGCCUUCACGCCAGUGUACAACGAGCCUGGAUCAGGCAAUUGACUCCUUUCGGCCAUUGUAUACAAGCAUGCGGACGCUCGUUGCGAGCCACGAGGCCACUGCGACACCCACACAAGCCCCGAACGCUCAUACAAUACUUCGCCGUACGGUGCCGUCGCCUCUCACCCACCACGCCAUCAGCACUGACCGCACCCUCGCGCCCGCUCCUUCCAAUCGCCUCACCAACACCCUCACUCUCCGAGUCAAAGCCCGCUCCACCCUGUUAGAUACCCAUCACCCCAGCCCCAGCAGCUCCAAGCCUCAACAGCAUCACCUCACCGCAGAUCCCGCACUUACCAACACCCCUAACACCCAACUCCAGCCCAGGUCACUCCACGCCAACCACCCCAUACCUUCGAAAGCAGCCAGCACAACCUCAAUCUACCCUUCCGACACCACGCUGUCCUUCUUCUGGCUCAAUCUCGAUACGCACAACUACGAGCACAAUCACGCUAAGCCAACAGUGGUGCUCCUCCGCCAUUCGCACAGUACAAAGGCGCACUCAACGACGCGAGCGAGCGACUCUGGGACUGGGACUGCGGGCUUUUGCUACGAGAUGGGACGGAGUCGCUGGGACAACGGGGGAAGAAGUUGGGGGUGCGUGGGUAGGACAAUGGGGGAUAUGUGGUUGUGCUUUAUCGUUGGUUCCUUGGUGAUGUUUGAAACGAAGAAUUAUACAUGA